AUGCGUUUCGAUUCUGAUCACUCUAUCGUCAUGAAUUCCAGAAUUGGUGGAGCUUGGGGAGCGGAAGAACGUCAACCGAAUGUAUUCAAGCCUGGAAUGCCUUUCGAUUUGAAGAUCAGAGCGACGAAUGAGAACAUGGAAGUGUAUUGUGCGAAUUCAAGCAUGCAUCAGUUCAAGCAUCGUCUACCGUUCGGUCAAGUGAAAUUCAUUGAAUGUGAUGGAGAAGCAACAUUGAAGCGGCUUUUCACUAAUGGCCGAAGGCAUGGUAGAUGA